CCCGUGUAUCUAAUGCUGCACAGUACACAGGCGAUUGGUAUUGUCAGUAUCGACUCGUAUUCACAAAAUUAGCUCAAUCUUCGUGAAUAGGCGUACGACAAUCGCUAAUUUAUCUUUAUUCCACUCAAGUCACUUCAUUUGGAAGCUGUCAGAAAGCAGUUUGCCACCAUGAGACGAACUACCAGUGAUCAGCCUCCUCCAUCACCCACUGACUCUAGCCCACCUCCUUCUCCAACCGACCCUCAAAAGGAACUCCCUGAUUGGUUUGAGCUCCGACCUUUCCAGUACGAUGGCCGUGUCUUCAUCACAGCUUUACCUGGCAUGUUCCUUGCUUUGGCCCUAUCUGGAGAACUACUCCUCGGUGUUGUGGUCAUAGGAGGGCUUCUGAUCCAUUUCAUGCAUAGUGGAGGAGCAAAACGGAGAGCUGUUCUGGUGUAUCUGUGCGUCUUUAUUGCAGCCCAAAUGAGCAUCAUCUACUCUGCUUUGCCGCUUCUUUGGGAGUCCUUCUACAACAUCAUUACCAUCCUCUUGCUGAAUAUGUCCAUAGUGAUGACAGGUGGAUGGAUUCUGGUCCACUUUGAGGAGUUCCUUAAAGAAGAGCCUACUCUCGCUGAGGCAUUAGAGAUGUCUUUGUUCACCAUCUUCCCCAGUGUUUCUGUCGCAGUAACCUGUUGCAUGUUGACGAUGCUGGCCUCUCCAAGUUAUAUUCCCUACAGCGUCAUUAUUCAUGGAUUUCUCAUAUUAAGACUAUUUGUUACGCCGACAUCACCUUCAUUUCGUAAGCCCAAUUAUAAAUCAUUUACCAGUUCGGGGGCUUUUGUUCUAGGUCAUGUCGAAGUUUCUCUACUUUUAAUUUUAUAUGUUUCAACUCCUGCAGAGGUAUUUAUUAUCAUGAAUAUUUGGAAUUUAUUUGAGUUGAUAAGUGUAUUGAGACUAUUGUUCUUGAUUUUUACACCAUGUUUUUUAAUGACAUUACUGGAACUGAGAGCAUGGACUGAAGGUUAUGGGAUUCAUUACAAAUACAUCAUCAUGAUUCGAUGGAUUUCAGGUGUAACAGCACUUCUUCUUGGGUCAAUACUCAUGAAAUACACACAUGUUUCAUUCAUGGUUGAUUGGUUAUCGGUCACAGUACUAACUAAUGUGCUUCUUGGUUGGACAGCAUCACAAAAAGGGCACGUGCAGCAAAUGUUCAAGUUGAUAUGUGGUGUUGCUGUUGGUCUUAUCUACACACUGGCUGUGUAUUUCAGUAUACCAAGACAUUUAGAGCUUCAAGACUUGGACCUCACAUGGAUCACUUAUGGUCUCAUCUCUAUGGCAGUCCUGUCCGUUGCUUGUUUCUUGGUAUCCAGCUCACAAAACCAGAAACUCUCAUCAGCUCUGCUCAUUGCUUUCAUGGGAGGGCUGGUUUACGCUGAAUCACUUUUGUACCAGCAUCAACUAUACUCGUCCUUUUUGUUACUGUGUACAAGUGUCUGUAGUGUUUACCUUUUUGUCAGGUUGCUGUCAGCCGGUGUUGUUACCUGGUAUUGUGCUUGGAUAGGGUCAGCGCUACACGCCUUUAAGGCUCCAUACUUGGUGGAAGUUUUAGCUGGGGUCAAUCAGUCUCCUAUAAGUGGCUCAUUCAGCAUAGUAGCUCUUACGUUAACGAUAACCAAGUUGUUUUGCUUUGAACAGCAGGGUGAACUUUCAAUCAGGGCUGCGUCUAUGUACAUCUUAUCUGUCACAGUCAGCAUAAUACUUUCUUAUCACAGUCUACUGCAACCGCUGUGUUACAUUCUUUAUGACAGCACACCUACAUCACUGCAGGCAGCAUGCUUUGUAAACAUCAUCUCAGCCUUACUAAGCCUGAAGGUAACUACCCAACAUUUACGUCAUCUCCCCUCUGCUCGUAAAAUCAACAUUCUGUGGAUCAUGACAACUUGUCUAAUAUUUGUGAUUCAGCCAUCAAGUUCAGUUUCACAAUACAAUUUGAGCAGCUGGCUGACCAUUACUGCCUGUACUCUGGGUUCAGCAAUCUUCCUUAGAAUAGCAUCUUUUCAGCUUGGUCCAUUCUUGGUCUUUAUACUCUCAUGCAUCUUUGGACUUGCAUCUGGAUUAAAAGUCUCUCUGAUGCUCUGUACAACUGCUUCCAAUUUAACAAUUUUACAGUAUACUCUUUCUUGUACAGCGUGUUCUUUUGUUAUGCUCACCCUUUUGAUAAACUUUCAAUCAAGUAGGCCUCUUCAGAAGCAGUUCACCUUGAAGCCCUCUGUGUGUUUUCUUGCAAUUGUUGCCCUAAUGACUUACAUUACAGAGGCAAAUCAAGCACUGAGUGACAGUGGCAAAGAUUUGAAAAUGCCUUGUUUGCAACUGUACUGCAUAAUCAGCAUGCUUCUUGUGUUUGCUCUACGUGCCCACUGUUUUUUCAUAAAGAAGAGAGAUCCAUUCGGGUCUUCACCAAACCAAGAAGCACUUAUUUGCAACUUGUUAACCAUCUCAGCUUACCUUCUUGCCUGCAUGAAUUGCCCAAUUGAGCAGUGGGAAAUCUGGAAUUCAGUCUCAGCUCUGAUUUUGUUGAGCCUCCAAAGAGAACCAAUUGUCUUUGUGAAUCUAACCACCAGAAGUACAAGUGGGGUUGUUGUUGGGGUAAGUUUACUCAAUGUAUACUCAGCAGCAGUGAUGCAAAGUGAUCUCUGGCUAGUGGGAAUGGGAUUUGUGGCCAUUUUGGAAAUUGGAUUAUUUCUCCUAACCUUUCCGGUUUUGUCAACAUUUGUACAGUACCAGCUGAUCAAUAAUCACAACAUAAAAGUCCAACUCUUGGUUUUCUUAACUCCCUUGAAUGUACUCUUUUUUCUUGUUGGAAGUUCCUACACAAGUUGGCUGCUUGCUGGCAUAGGGCUUAGUGCAGGGUUUGGGAUGAUUUCAACAAAGUUCUCCUUCACGGAAGGAAUAUGAGGUUUUUUUUAGGGAAGGUAUCAUGUCUGUACAUUAUCAUGGACCAUUAAAUGGUCAUUAUAAAUCCUUAUUUAUUUAUUGGAGUGCACGUACCAUUCAAACGCAAAUAUACAUGUUCUAGGUUUUUUUUCUGUUGAUUUUGUUUUUCAUUAGAAAUGAUCAUUUUGAAAUGGUCAGUUUACCUUUACCAGCAAGAAUGUUGUGGUAGAUUAUCUCAUUCAAAGUAGUUUUGGUUCACCUGAUCUUAGUUCAUUAAGAAAUACCUUAACAUCAACUUGAGUUCCCCCCAAGAUGAUCAGUUUUAAAGGCACUUGACACUAUUUGUAAUUACUGAAAAUAAUUGUUUGCAUAAAAACCUACUUGGUAGC